GAAAGCUCAGUUGGAUUGUAACAGAUUUAAUGACUGCAAAGUCUUGCCGCUCGCUGACGAACGAUGAAUAUUCCAUGUAUCUUUCUCGCGUGUUCGAUCGUCGUCGAGCUGUGCCUCGCGCAAACGAUGCAAGAUCAAGAGGUAAAUAACUAUUUACGCGUCAUGCAGAGUGUGUUUUGGGAGAAAAUCAAAGCCUAUGGAUGUUCAAAUUUGCCGGAUUACGAUGUUAGUAUAGACUACGACAUCGACGACGGGCUGAGCUACGAUAUAAAAGGAACUCUCUACCUGGAGGAUGGCUUCGUUAUGGAUAUAGAAGAUAUAGCGCUCAUGGACACACGGAAGACUACGAAUGAAGUUGGCCAAGGCUUUUCUAUGAUAAGAACGCCCAUGAGGUUUGUGGGACUGUCGUUUUUCCGUGAUUUCCGUUUCAAGACCGACAAUCCCGAGAGUAUACCGGAUCAAAUGGUAGGCAGCAUAAUUAUAACACCCACGGAAUUCUUCUUCAACAUCAUGAUCAGACACUACUUUGCCACGAACGUUGUCAACUGCACGAUGAGCAAAGUAUUACAGUCGCAAGUAAACAAGAAAUCAAUGCACUUUUAUCCCAGCAAUACGCUCACAGAUAGGUUGAGGAAAAAUUACGUGAGAAUAUAUAGAUCGAAGAACAUUACCAACCCCCCCUUGAUAUCUGAAAAGAUUGACUACUCUUGGCAGAAAAUAUUGGAGCCUAUUCUCAACGAAGUAGUAGCGACAAUCCCGUUCCCGAAGGUGGAGUUUAAAGUGGAAAGAAAUUGAUCGACCGAUUGUUUCGACCGCGUUCGACUAAUCUCUCUCUCUCUCUCUCUCUCUCUCUCUCUCUGUCAUUACCGGCUACAACGUGUCGUAGCGUCACGCUUCGCUUCGAGGCGAGAACGAGAGCGAGGAAUGUAUCUCCGCGCGCGUCGUGUCGUCCGUCGAAUCAGUCAGAAUGCUAUUACAAAGCAGCCUCGGAGAGGGAGACCGAGAAAGGGAAUAUAAAUCCGGCGAGGGAAAAAAUACAAAUAAAUGUUUGCGGCUUCGCGCCGGCCCUAAAAAAGCAUUUUCAUGUUACGUCGGAAGCGAUCUAUGCGGAGCGCAAUAGUUUCGUCUACGCCAGCCGAUGCGCCGGCGAAUUCAAUAGCGUCAAGUUAUACGCUUUCCUCGGACGCGAUCGAUUUGCGCUCGCUCUCGCACGAAUCGCCGACGGCCGAACAACAGUUUAGGCGAUAUCGAUAUUAAUAUCGCACCAGCGCGCGGCGCCGGCGUUCCUGUCGAUUUUAGCGGUCCCAGAUGAGCUGCUGCAAUUGCGGUUACCGGUUUACCUGCACACGCACGCACGCACGCGCGCUCGCAUCGCCGCGCCGCCGGCAGUCGGAUUAAUUUACGGCGUAUAAAGCGCGCGUCCGCACGAAACAAAGCGCCGCGGGCGCGCGCGGGAAGGAAACUUCAUUUUCUUACAUCCGGGGCGCAGAUUAACGGCCUCGUUUAUCACCGGCUGACCUUUCGACCGCGAUAUCCACGAGCACCCAUGUAGCGGCACCGAACUGCGAUUCGUCCGGCUGUCCGCGGCAGCAGCCUUACGGCUCCCUCGUUUCUUCUUCCACGCCGCUUGUCCUCAUCCUCGUCCUCAUCAGCGCGGCGCGUGUUUCGUCGCCUCGGCCCAUUUGUAGGCAGGAGACACCCCGUAAAUUGCGCGAGAUGCUGCGCGAUCUAUCUCGGGGACAUUAGCUCGAGGACCGUCUCUGUCGAGCCGGAAUCCUCACGAGCGCGAGUCGUUACGAGAAAGCGAUAUUCUCCGUGCGUCGCGAGGAAAAUAAGCGAGCCACUCGCGAAAUCACUCCCGCGGCUCGCAUCAUCGGGACACAGGAGGGCCGGCUUUUAAUUACCGCGUAAUUGAGAAUCGGAGCGCGCUUGUUUACCGGAGAUAACGGCUAUUUGCCGAUGCGAGCCGCCGCGUUGACCGAUAAUCAACGGCCGGUCACGUAAUGCAGCUCACGUGAGCUCACGAGCGGAGCAAGAAGGGAUUCGAACACGAGAUAUGAAGGAAAGCCGAAGAUGGACGACGGCUCCGGCGACGAAGGAGCCGAGAAAAUUAAGUUCGCCGCUGAAGAGAGCGCGCGCGCGUCGACAAUGGACGCGCGAUGGAUAGCCGAAAAACGCGUAUUUCCUGCCGACUACCUAUUCUUACGUGGUCGCGCUACUAACGUCGCCAGCGACGCUUGGCAGCAUCCGUCCGGCGAGCUUUUGUACCGGGCUUCCGGCCGGGCUUGCGCGCGCGCGAGCGUCGCGCGGAAGAGAAUCUCUCCCCCGCUGUGGACCGGGGCGCGAAGGAAACGAGAGAAAACCGUCGCCACAAAGCCCGACGCCGUGGAAUCAGGAUGUUCGCGCUCACGGGUGCACGAACCGUUCUUCCUGCCACGCUACGUCGCCCGGUGAAUGCACCUAAGGCGCGCGUACACACGUCGGCAGGCCAGGUGGCCUGAGCGCUUCCUGCCCCUCGCCGCCUGCCCUCGCGAAUUCUCCGGUCAAUUUGGAGCCGAUUUUUCCCCGCCGGGAAUUCGAUUUAGAAAGACACCUUGCUCCCCCCCCCCCGGCCCCGCGAUUCUUUCUCCCUGCCUCUCGGUCUCUCAUCGAUAUCUCUCGGAGAGCGCGCGUGUUAAUAAAACGCGAGUAAAAUCCGCUCAUAAAAUAGGGGUAAUUAAAAAGUUUUGUUUACACGUGAUCCCUCUUACACGAAGUGAUAUUUAAUAACACGAUGAAAAAUGCGGAACGCGCGUAAUGUUCUGCCGCUCGCUUGUCAAAAAGUUUGCCGUUGUUAUUCUCGCGCACGUCAAAAAGUUCGCUGGAGAUUGCGCAUAUUUUUGCGGCGCCCGGGAUUGGGAGUGGCUUUUUGUACGCUCCAAGUGGUGUAAUGUAUGUGACAUUAUUAUAUUAUGCUCCUAAGUACCGAAAAUAGCGCAAUGGAAAUAAUUCCGCUCACUCGAACGAGCAAGCGAGCCGGCGAGCGGGCGGGGAAGGGCGCACGUGCGAAUUAUCUCACGGCAAAUGGAUAAUUUCGCGCAGAAAAUACGCAACAAAUAAAACGAGAGAGCGCGCGACAGUUCGGACUGGCAACGUCCGGAAACGUUUGUCGACGCCCGUUCUAAGCCAGUCUCGAAUAUAAAGCACAUUUUAUCCGGUCCGCUUUGCGCCGCUAAAUAAUCCAAAACGCCAAUUUCCCGCAGCAACGAGUACUUUUUCGCUCGGUCGCCGGCGCGCGCUUUUGUGCCGACUUCAAGUUACUUCCGCAUCGCGGAAACUGAGUUUUCCUGCGGCCCGUCGGAUCCAUACCGCCCGAAGGGGGGCGGUGGAAACAGCGGCGGUAAUAUCGCCAGAGCGAAGCCUCGUACGUAUACCGGGCAUCAGAAAUGCCUCCGUUACACGUGCGCAAGUUUUCGGAAAAAUUGCGCUGCGCGUAGAUACGAGUCGGAAUUGCUGCCGCGAUAAGAAAGCAGAUGUCGCUCAGUGAUAAGCGCUAAUAAGAUGUAGCAGAUAAAAAUUUGAGAGAGAGAGAGAGAGAGAGAGAGAUAAUGUAAUAUUGAUUUUUACGCGCUUUAGAUCCACUACCUUAAGAGCCCCUCUUAGGAGCGUAA